AUGUUAAUAUAUAAAAUUUUUGUAUUAUACUUUGUCACAAUAGCAGAGAGCAGUGAUAUCUCAAACAACAUCACAACAAGGAAAUCUUCCAAGUCAAAACCACUAAAAAUCCUUGAAAAAAACAAUAUAAACCCUUUAAAAAUAAAUAAUAAAUAUAGAUAUGGGCUUAAUUCUACUGAUUUAGAGUCUUUUAUCGCAGAAUCUGAGCAUGAACCAGAUUCCAGUGUGUGGUAUAAAGUAUAUAACAAUGAGAAAGGAGAUGAAAAUAAAGAAUCUAAUGAACCUUCCGAAGAAAAGGUGAGAGAAGAAGAUAAAAAAACUCCACUGAUAACACCAGAUGAUGAAAAUGGAAAAGAACCAGUAAAUUAUAACUUUGAUCGCUGGUGUAAACAAGAUAAGCUUUUAAUAACAGUAUCUGAACUUAAGCUGAUCCAUUCAGGAUUCCUUAUAAUAGUACUUUUACUGACAAUUUGGCAUUUGAUCUGCGUAUCAACCAAUUACAAUAAAUACGAGGGAUACUAUGAUUCCAGACAAUUCGAUCCAAGUAAUACAAACUCAAUAAUCCAAGAAGGAUAUAGCUUUACAAUGCCAGGGUCAAUGAUAAUCAAGUGUAUUUUAGUCUACACGUUCCUUUGCCAGCUAAUGGUAAUAUCACUAGUAUGUAAUGAGCUGUGUAUCCCAAUGGUUUCAAGCGUUGAGUACUGGGAUAGUAGAGCGAAGCCGUUUCUAUUCUCAUGGCUAGUAGGAUUUUUCACACUGCUAAUUAGCUUUUUGGUGAGGAAUACAAGAGUAGGAAAACAUUUAUUUGUAAUUAGAGUGCCGUUGGAAACAUGUACAAUAGUCAAGAUUAGAGACCUAAACAAGUCGUCAACAGAGCAUGAUAUACUCAACAGUAUGCUGGAUCUGGUUAGAAACGCAAUAACUAAGAUAAAGCUGUUUUUUAAUAUUCCAGACUCGAUAUUUAAAAUACCGUUUGAGAAGUAUAAGGUGGCAAAAAACUGCUAUGUACCAGUAGUCACAGCAGAAUCUGAGCGUUUUUUCUACUACCACUACGUUAAAUACACUUAUAACAACGAGGAGUCAUGUUUUCUGGACUCUUCUAACAGGUUGAAUAGUUACUUGAUGAGUACAAAUUUGGUCCAGUUGAUGGAUAACGGAGGACUUACAGAAUCAGAAUCGGCUAGAAGAAGCGAAGAUAUAGGACCUAAUGAGAUACCAAUAGAGAAACUUGAUUUCUGGACCCUGUUAUAUAGGGAAGUCUCAGACCCAGUAUUCUUUAUGCAGUUGUACUUGACAACUAAGUCAAUAUAUUGGAGAAGUUAUAUUACAGCACCGAUUUGGGGUACAACAACAUUAUAUACAAUUUAUAAAAAAGUAAAAAUAAUCUAUGAUCAGCAAAAUGACCUCUAUAAUUUAACCACUAGUAGUAACCAGAAAUACGUCACAGUUCUGAGAGAAAAUGUAACCAAAAAUGUAAUGACAAGAGAUUUGGCAGUAGGAGAUAUUGUCAGAGUUGAAAAUGACUGGGAAGUUCCAAGUGACAUGAUCAUGCUAAGAGGAGACGCAAUAGUUGAUGAGAGUAGUAUAACAGGAGAGUCAAUUCCACUCAAAAAAAGGAAACUGGAUCUCGAAAAAUAUUCAAACUAUAAUCUUAACAUGAAUAUUUAUGACUUCAUACACACACCAACUUCAGGAAAUACCCUAAGUAGACAUAGUAGUGGGAAUAAUAUAGAUAAGGUAAUGUAUAAGAGAGAUAAAACUAAUACAUUACCAAGUCCAUCCAAUAGUAUAAAUGAAAAUUUGUUAAAAUCAGGCACUAAAGUUAUAUCAGUGCUUGGAAACCAGGAAACGUCAGUUUCAGCAGUGGCGGUGGUUAUAGCAACAGGAGUAUACACAACUAAAGGGAAACAAAUUAAAGGAGUUUUAUUCCCAAACCAGUUCAGACUAAAAUAUGAUACUCAAUUACCACUCGUUUUCCUAUUAACAUUUAUUUAUGCGCUUUUUUGUUCAUACUAUCAGAUUAGGUUUUUGGGCUGGAAUAUGAUAUCGAUAUUUUAUAGCAUUGGAACUCUUUCACAGGUUGUACCAGUUUGGACGAGCACUAUAAUAUCAAUAAGUCAAAGUAGAGCAUGCCAGAGACUUUCAAAAUCUGAGAAUAUAUAUUGUAUUGCACCUUCCAGAAUAGCAGUUUGUGGGAAACUAAGAGUCAUGUGCUUUGAUAAAACGGGAACAUUAACCAAUAAUAAACUCAUAUUCAACGGAUCGAAGUAUUUUAGUGAAGAUACUUUGAUGGUAUUGAGCCCACAGAAGAUCUUGGAGAAUUUAAAUACUAAUUUCCAAGAAGACUUAUUUAAAAUAUUGAAUACUAAAGAGUAUGUGAUAUCAUUGGCGGUGGCUACAUGUCAUUCAGUGUGGCCUUCAAGCACAUCUGAAAAAUUCGGAAACCACGUUGACAAGUCAAUGUUUGAGUGUACUGGAUGUGUGGUGGACCAGUAUAUUGAUAAAACAGGAAAAAACAGAAGAUACAUUAAAAGUAGUCAGAAUGAAAAAUUAGUUAUUGAAGUCAUAAACUCAUUUGAUUUCGAUUAUCAAAAGAAAUUAUCAUCUGUUGUUAUAUCAAUUGAAGUUGAAGGAGAAACAAGAAGAAUAGUAUUUGUAAAGGGUGCAUUUGAGAAUUUAUCAGUGUGCUGUAAUAACGAGUUGGAAAAUUUAUCAGUAUUGUCAAACAAUGAGUCAUCAAACGGAUCAUACGUUCUAGGCUUGGCAUAUAAGGUUUUGGAAGAAAACUCAGAUUACACAGAUAGAAACCUUAUGGAGUCAAAUUUGCAAAUGAUAUCGUUACUGAUAUUCAAUAAUCAAGUAAGACCAGAGAGUAAAGAGGUAAUUCAAACUUUAAAUGAGGCGAUGGUAAGAACUGUGAUACUCACCGGAGAUAACAUUCCAGCAUCAAAAUACGUAGCAAGAAAGUGUAAUAUGAUACAAACACAGAAUUCCACCAUAGUGGAAGAAUUAGAUAGUCAGAACAAUACUAAUGAACUAGUUGAUGAAAGAGUGUGUCCAGUCGCAAUAAUGAAUAAUAAUAAAAUAGAAUGGAAGUAUCCAUUUAGAGAAGACGAUGAGGAAAAAUUGUUCUUUUCUGAGGAAUUUAGUGAUAUUUCAAUGACGGGAGACGUGUUUGAUUAUAUAGAAAAUAACUGGAAUGAAAUACUCGCAAGGUAUCGAAGGUUUUCUACAAAUGAAAGUAUAAACCAGACCAAAUUUGAACACUUUCUAAUGAAAAUUAGAAUAUUUGCAAGAUUAAACCCAAAUCAAAAGGUUCGAGUGAUUAAUUCAUUUAAAAGACUUGGAAUUAUUACUGGAAUGUGUGGUGAUGGAACUAAUGAUUGCUUAGCAUUACAAGCUUCACAUGCUGGAAUUAGUCUAACAAAAGGAGUUAGUUCUAUGGUAUCACCAUUUUCAUCAAUGACAAAUAAACUAGAAUCAGUAAUAUAUUUAUUAAGAGAAGGUCGUGGUAGUUUGGUAACAUGUUUGGCAUGUUUUAAGUUCAUGUUAUUGUUUGGAUUAAUGAUAGCAUUUGUAAAGGUGACACUUUUCAGACUCUGUAGAGGAGUAAUGCCGGAAUGGGGAUACCUUUUCAUAGAAAAUGCUAUAAUGCUAUUACUAAGCUACACAAUGGCACUCUCAAGACCAAGUGAAAAAUUAAGAAUAAGAUCACCAACAAGUAGCCUUUUAGGACCACUUACACUCUUAUCGGUGGGAAUCAUCUCCGACAACUUCGAAGCACCAACGGUCUGUUUCUGGCUCUGCUACCAAGUGGUGAACACGGCACUGGUCUUCUCAUUCGGAGGAGUUUUCAGAGAAUCUAUUCACAGAAAUAUAGGAUUUUCAACAGUUUGGCUGUUUAUAAAUUCUUUUCUGACAUAUUUGACCCUGUCUAAGCCGACCAAGUUGACGUGUUUGUUCAGGAUUAACUGUACAGACGAAGUUUCCAGAGCAACUAAAAUACCAAUCCUAGAACUCUUAACUACAAGUGCAAGCGGAUUACCAUUCCAUGGAGAACAUUCACAUAACGUACUUCCAAACAACUUUAAAAUGGCGUUUCUGGCAUUAAACUUCAUCAACUGUGUAAUAAACUGUUUAAUAGCGAAAUCGUUCUUCUCAAACUCUUUUCUGAAAAGAGUGAGGUCGUCCAUUGGGUACAAGUGUAGCGCAGACCGAAUCAAAAUUUAA